AUGAGCAUCCAAGUCACAUUGACCAGUGUGUUGUUGGUGUCUACUGGAUUUUGGGCCGCUGCCCAUGGUCUGGAACACCAUCAUGCGGAGCACCACGAGCAAGGACACCCUCAUGUGCAGCAUUUCAAUGUAGGACACCUGCAGGUUCGGCAACAAGAGCAGGGAUACUCACAUGGGCAGUACCAUGAGCAGGGUUACGCACAGGUGCAGUAUCAUAACCUGGGACACCCACAGCUGCAACGUCAAGAACAGGGAUUCGCACAUGUGCAUCACGAAGAGCACGGACACUCACAGCUGCAGCGCCAAGAGCAGGGACACCCACAGGUGCAGUAUCAUGAUCAGGGAUAUUCACAGGUGCAGCAUCAAGAGCAGGGAAAACCGCAGGUGCAGCACAAAGAGCAGGGACACCCACAGCUGCAUCGCGAAGAGCAGGGACACCCACAUGUGCAGUAUCAUGAGCAGGGAUAUUCACAGGUGCAGCAUCAUUUGCAGGGACACCUACAGGUGCAACAUCAAGAGCAGGGAUUCCCCCAUGUGCAUUAUCAUGAUCAAGGAUAUUCACAGGUACAUCAUCAAGAGCAGAAACCACAGUUGCAGAAUUACGAGCUGAGACACCCACAGGGGGCGUACCACGAACCUAGACACCCUCAGGUGGAGGUGCAUAAGCAUGAGCACGAUGAGGACCACCAUCACGAGGUGAAAACAGUUACGGUCACUAAGAAAGUUCCUGUCCCAUACACAGUAGAGGUGGAGAAGAAGAUCCCUUACACUGUAGAGGUACCCAUAGACAAACCAUACCCAGUGGAAGUUCCCCAACCAUAUCCGGUCUACGUUGAGAAGAAGAUACCGUACACGGUCAAGCAGUAUGUCCCGCGUCCUUACACGGUGUUCAAGAAGAUGCCGUAUCCUGUUGCCGUCCAUGUCGACCAGCCCUACCCAGUCCACGUGCCCAAGCCCUACAAUGUGGUCGUGGAGAGGAAAGUGCCAUAUCCUGUGGAGAAGCAUGUCCCUUAUCCUGUGAAGGUAUUCGUGAACAAACCAUACCCGGUAAAUAUUCCAAUCUACAAACACGUACCAUAUACGGUGGAGAAGAAGGAACCGUACCCUGUGGAGGUCCCAGUGGAGAAACCUUACCCUGUACCAGUUCCAAAACCCUAUGAGGUGUACGUGGAGAAGAAGGUCCCUUAUACAGUAGAAAAACCUUCACCCGUCCCCAUUCAUGUGCCUGUCUACCAAAAUGAAGCUCCAGAACACCAUGGGCACCAGUACAAUCAUGCACAGGGUUACACUUCUCAGCAAGUAGUAUCUUCUCGACUUCCUCAAUAG